CCUCCCCGACCCCCGGCCCGGAGCCCAUGGAGCGGCUGUAGGGUCGGUGCUUGAGCAGCUCCUCACUGCCAGGAUGAGCUUCCCAAAUCCCACCCAACAUCCAGGAGCUGGGAAUUCCUGCAGGAUCACCCUUGGACAAGCCAAUCAGGUGAUUCCCAAAGUUCCCCUCCUGAGGAUUCUGCAGGCUGCAGGCGCCCAGGGCGACACCUUCACGCUCAAGGAGGUGAUGCAUUUCCUGGGUCAGUACAUCCUGAGCCGACAGCUCUACGACAAGAGGCAGCAGCACCUGGUUCACUGUGGAGGAGACCAGCUGGGAGAGCUGCUGGGCCUGCAGAGCUUCUCCCUGCGGGAUCCCAGCCCCGUGUACGAGAUGCUGAAGAGGAACCUCAGCCCUGCUGCACUCCCAGAUGCUGCACAGACUCUCCCAAAGGAGCAGAGCGUCGCUAAGCCCAGCCCAGACCAGCCGCAGCACAGCCAGGAGGAAGGAUCUGACUCUGGGAUCCUGGAGGGUGACAGCAAAACCUCUGCUCCGGCUACCUCAGAGCCCGAAUGUGACACUUGUGAAGACAAAGACUUGAUAGAAAACCUCUCCAAAAGCAAAAAGCCCAAGCUGGAUCUGGUUUUUGAGGAAUGGGAUGUGGCCGGGCUGCCGUGGUGGUUUUUAGGGAAUCUCAGAAGCAAUUACAAAUCCAGGAGUAACGGAUCCACGGAUAUUCAGACUAACCAGGACAUCGACACUGCCGUAGUUUCAGACACCACGGAUGACCUGUGGUUCCUCAACGAGUGUCCCCUGGAGCAGGGCGGUGCUGGGCUCAAGGUGGAGGUGCUGGACUGUGAGGAGGUCCCAGAAGGUGACACCAAGGUGCCUGAGGACGUGUGCUUGGAUGAGCUGGAGGAUUCCCAGUGCCUGAGUGAUGACACGGAUACAGAGGCUGCUGCUGAGGAUUGCUGGCAAUGCUCCAAGUGCAGGAAAUUCAACUCUCCGGGGAAAAGGUACUGCUACCGCUGCUGGGCCCUGCGCAAGGACUGGUACCGGGACUGCCCCAAACUGCCCCAUUCCCUCUCCCUUUCCAACAUCAAUUCCAUGGAAAACCAGGAGCAGGAUAGAGGGGUGGACGUCCCAGACUGUAGGAGGACGAUUUCAGCCCCGGCUGGCCAAGCCAAGCACCUUUUCCUGGGGGAGAACAAACCCCGGGUGGAUCCCGGCAGCUCCAUCGAGUCCUUGGAUUUGGCGCGGGAUGGGAAAAACCGGGAUUUCGCCAAGCUGAAAAAAGAGGAGGAGGUGGAAUCUUUGGAGAGCGUCAAAACCCUGCUGAGUCCCUGCUUCCUGUGCCAGCACAGGCCUCGGGAUGGGAAUAUUGUCCAUGGAAGGACUGCUCACCUGGUGGCCUGCUUCAGGUGUGCCAGGAUGCUGAAGAAGAAGAGAUCGCCGUGCCCGGUGUGCAGGAAGGAGAUCAAGAUGGUCAUCAGGACCUUCAUGGGCUAGCAGGAUCUUCUGCCCCUAAAAUAACCCCCAAAAUAGUUCUUUUUUUGCACUCAAAUCCCAAUUUCAGUGUGUGCAGGAAGGAGGUCAGGAUGGUCAUCAGGACUUUCAUGGGUUAGCAGGAUCUUCUGCUCCUAAAAUAACCCCCAAAAUAAGGUUUUUUUGCACAAAAACCCCAAUUCCAGAGCUUGGUCUGCAGGAUCAAGAUAGUCAUCAGGAUCUUUACGGGGUAGCAGGGCCCUUUGCUCCUGAAAUAACCCCAAAAUGAGGAUUUUUUGCACUCAAAUUUCCAUUUCAGUGUGUGCAGGAAAGAGAUCAGGAUGAUCACCGGGAUCUUUAUGGGAUAGCAGGACCUUCUGUCCCUAAAAUAACCCCAAAAUGAGGAUUUUUGCACUCAAAUUUCCAUUUCAGUGUGUGCAGGAAAGAGAUCAGGAUGAUCACCAGGAUCUUUAUGGGAUAGCAGGACCUUCUGUCCCUAAAACAACCCCAAAAUGAGGAUUUUUGCACUCAAACCCCAAUUCCAGAGCUCAGCCAGUGAAACCAAAGAAAACCAAGAUUUAAAUCCCACCAGGAAUCCUCUGCAGGAUCCACUUUUCCAUGGAAAUCACCUUGAGAUCAAAACCCCAGCUUGGAAAUUUUGCCAAUUCCCCAACUUCAGCCUGAUUUUAUCCUUUGGGAUUCUUUCUCCUGACCAAGAGCAGAAGAUCUGGGAAAAAUCGUGACUUUUGGGAUGGUUUUUUUUUCCAUAAAUCCCAACUUGUGCAAUUCCUUUGGAGCUGAGGGAUAAAAAUAGAAAUAAAUAUUUAUGGUGGGAGGGCAGGGGAUUUGUUUUGGCGAGAAGAAAAAGAACUUUAUUCCUGAUUUUUUUUAUUGUUUAAGGUCGGCAGGUUGAAGAAUUCCUUGCUCCCAAAUGGGAAAUAAAUCCAAGUAUUUAAUCCACACCUCUCAGGUCACAGAUCAGACAGAAGAAAUAAUAAUAAUUUUAUAUUUUGCUUUCUUUUUGGGCUUUUUAGUUUCUAUUUCAUCUUUUAUUUUCAAUAUAUUUAAAUUUAUUCUGCGUUGUCUCUGUCCAGCAGGAUUCAAUUCCAGCAGCCUUGGGAUAUUUUGGGAUGUUCCAUCGGCCCUCACUUACCAUUUAGGAUAAAAAAUUUUUAUUUUUAAUCCUCAUUUUUGAGUGAAAAGUGGCUUUAAAAACAAAACACAAAC